CGGGCAAGACUCGGCACGGCACGGCAAUCGGCAGUCCAGCCAGUCGCAGAUGCAGAUGCAGACGCGGAGCGCGGAGCAGUGCAGAGUUUGUGUGAGGAAGAGCUUGUCUAUUGUAGUGAACAACUCAAAUCUGUUCGGUCCUCUACUUCCAAGCAAAUAAGGCCAUGGAGCUGCUGCUGUUGCCCGAGGAAAUGUUGCUGGCGCUGAUGCGGUACCUCGACGCCCGGGACCUCCUCUGUUGCCGCCUGGUGUGCAAGCGGAUCGGGCAGCUGGCCCUGCACCCGCACCUGUGGCGGCGCCUCCGGGUCUACGAGUACGAAGGGGACCGCCAUUUGGCGUGCCCUGUGCUGCGACUGGCGCCUCUCCUGGGCCUGCUGGACGCCGAGGUCCCCUCGAAGGAGUGCCAGUUGGCGCUCGCCUCGACUCGGUGUGCAGUGACGGAGUUGCAGCUCACCGUCCACCAGGGUGGCGCCGUGCUCGCAGCUGCCGUGAUACGCAACCAGGAGGCGCUCGGCCGUUUAAAACGUCUGGACAUCGCGUUCUCACCUUGGGAUCUCGGUACCGGCGUCGAUCUCCUGCUGAGGACUGUGGCGUUGACGUCGGGUCUGGAGAGCCUCUCCAUCAACGAAGUCCCGUUUCACAGCACGUCCACCGUGGAUAUCCUCGUCCGACACAGCACCCGGCUGUGUAAGCCGUCCCUGAGGAAGUUUCGCGGCCACCACCUGCAAUAUGCAAGUCAUGCGGAGGCGUUUGUCGACUUUGUGCUGGCCUCGCACGCGGCCAGUCUGGAGGAGGUCGACCUGCUGCGCCGCGUGUCAUGGGAACCUGAAGAGUACCCCGUAACAGCGUCGAGGGCGCUCCUGCUGGCCGGGAUGCCAAAUCUCCGCAAGCUUUCGUGCUUCUCGAUGCCAGGGCUGGAGGCCGUGGCCGUCCGCGAGACUCUGGAGGUGGUGACCCUCGCUAUGCGUCUAAAAACGACAUCCGACGCCGAUAGAGUAGCAGUCGCGGCGGCGGCCGAGUUCCUUCGGCGCGGGGCCGGCCAGCUGCGGGAGGUCACACUGAUCUUCCACAUUGACCGCUCCUGCGCCAGCGCUGAGGGCCCCGAGGACGACGACGACGACCCCGACCGCGUCAACACAGACUUCAUCACGGCCUUGGCCACCUCCGGACGGUCGACCGUCGAGUUCCUGAGCAUCAGCGGAGAACACGCGACGAGCACCUCGCGGCUGCAGCUGUGCACCGCGCUGCUCGACACGAUGCCCUCGCUGUCCGCGCUGCGGCGCCUGGAGGUGGGGGGGCACGUGGCGGUGGACCAGCUGCUGCUGGGCAUCACGCCCGCCUCGGCCCCGGUCCUGCAGAGCCUCCUGCUGCAUCCCAAGCCGAGCCUGCCGUGCGUACACGCCUGGCUGCACGACGGCGGGGACGCGGUCGGGACGGCCCUCUCCGUGAACCCCGCGCUGCAAGUGUUCGUACGCAGGACUCCGCCCAAGCACUGCUCGGAGAACAAACUCUGCGCAGUGUGUGCACUGGGCUGUCACCGCGAUCGACCGUGGUACAGCGACUACGAUGACGCGAGAAUAUAUCCAUGUUUCGAAGGUUUUUGUCUGCUGCUUCCCCGAAACGAAUUCUGCAACUAGCCGUAUCGAGUUUUGUUGUUUCAGUGUGUUUUCUGUUUAUUUUAUUUUGUGUUCUUAGUUGUUACGCGGUAUUUGAACCUGGCAUGGCAUGCCCAAGGACCACCCCAAUAAACAAAUUGUGCAACACACGUGCAAAUUUGCAGACAAUAGCCCUUUAAGGGCUAUAGACUCCAAGUGUUGGAUGGCGAUGUGACAUUAUUAAUGACUGCUGGAUGUCUUUUCUUAAAGGUGAGGUGUGUACCAGUGUAGUGUACGAAAACUGCUAUUUUCUGUUCGUUUGACUAUGCACAAUCAUUUGCUUUCUGUGCAUAAUGUCUACCCUGAAUCAUUUUUCGGUCACCAUUAUCUUGUGACUAAUGAAAUAUAUUUUGUUAGUAA